CAGAGCCUCUUUCCGAGACCUAAACCCUAACGCCGUUUUCCUUCUCCGGCGUCCCUCUUUCUCGGCCAGCUUCUUCUCAGCGGCAACAGCCUCUCUCUCUCGCCGCCGUCUCUCCAGCGACGGUCCUUCUCCCUGACGCCGCCCUUGCCGUGCGUCCCUCUCCCUCGGCGACAUAUUCUCCAGCGCCACAGCGCCCCAACGCCGCCACCAUGACAGAGAAAAACCCUACCCCUGAGAAAUCUGCCACCACGCCACCCUCCACUCCUCACUUGGCGUUUACCACCAUCUCUAACGUGAAGCUUCACGUCCCGAUCCUCUUGAGUUUCUCCGAGCCAAAUUAUAAAAAGUGGAGCCGGUUGUUUCUCCUUUUGGUUCGCCGCUUCUCCCUCGGUGAUUUUCUCACCGGCAAAUCAGUUCCCUCCGGCACCGACGACACCGAAUGGUACCAACUUGAUGCACUCAUCCAAGGGUGGAUUCUCUCCACAAUCAAUGACGAGGUUUCCGAUCUUGUCCUCUCCUCUACCGAUUCGGCGACGGAACUCUGGAAAUCUAUUCACUCUCUCUUCCAUGACAACAAACCUGCCCGGGUUAUGCAAUUGGAGCACCAAUUCCGGACGACGACGAAAGGGUCACUCACCAUGUCGGCCUAUUGCCAAGCCCUCAGAAACUUAGCCGACUGGUUGGACGACGUCGAUGCCCUUGUUUCCGAACAACAACUCGUGCUGCAAGUUCUUCGGGGACUGCCGGACGACAUACGGAACCAAACGUCCUUCCUCCAGUUUCAAACGCCGCCCCCGACGUUUCUCCAAACACGAUCGGCACUCCUUCUCAUAGAGGGACAAUGGAUGGAUCUGGGCAGCGAUGAUCACUCCUCUGGCACGGCCCUUCUCUCGGCCAGCAGCCCCGGCGCCAUCCUCCACAGCCCUACCGGCGGGGGCCGCGGACCCCACAGCACCAGCAGCGGCCGAGGACAGCAGCAGCACAGCGGCGGCAGUGGCCGUGGCCGUGGCGGUCACCGCAGCCGCGGUCAAGUCAUGGCUAUAAUGAAAUUAGGACAAUUGAAGAAAAAGGUCACAAACAAAGCACAUGUGGAGGCGUCUAUUUGUCAGGCGUACAUUACUGAAGAGAUUGCAACAUUCGCAUCAUAUUACUUUGAGCCAAAUGUCAUUUCACGUCGUAAAAGACCAGCUAGAAAUGAUGAUGUUGGAGAUGGUUCAAAAUCAUUUUCGAUAUUUAACUAUCCUGGUCGUGGCUAUGGGAAAGUAGGCAAGCGAUACAUUACUGGAGAUCUAUAUCGCAUCGCACACACCUACAUACUAGUUAACUGUCCUGAAGUUCAACCGUUUUAUAGUGAAUUUCGUGAAAGUUUGUCUCAUUUCUCACAAGAAGAUGUUGAUCUUUUGGUUGAUUCAAAGUUUGCAGAGUGGUUUAAAGAGAAGCCAUCUGAUCGGAUCGUUAUCAACUUCUCGCCGAACUUUUUCUCUGUAUUACAUAGCUUAGAACGGGAGAGAAUGGGGAAGCAAAGCAAGGAAUCCAGCAGAUCGAGAAAAUCCGCCGAAAGCGCUCAGCUCGGGAAAGGGAAAGUGACGCCGGCGCAGGUCGCCUUCAUCGUCGACUGUUAUCUCGGCGACAACAAUCUCUCAGAGACUAGAUCCGCUUUCCGCUCCGAAGCUCCGCAUCUCUUCUCCAAAUCUCCGCCGCAGGAGUCAACGAAGGUGUUGAGUUUGGGGGAGUUGUUGGAUGAAUACGUGUGUCUGAAGGGGCAGAAAUUGGCAGUUGACAAAGAAAGGGGGCUUCUGGAGCAGGAGAAAUUUCGACUCCAGAAUUUGCUCAAGGGAAUGCAGGAUGUCAUGAAUGCUUACAAUGCUUCUGCUACUAUCAACACACCCCCUGCUCUUGUUUCUUCUUCUUCUCAAUUUCCAGCAGGUGGCUAUUCAGGGUUUAAUUCCCAAACUAUGAUGCAAACCAUGGCGCCCUCCAUAGUUCACACUUAUUCUUCCACACCUACGGAUCCCACUUCAACUAAAAGGAAGCGCUCCAUAUCAGAUGCUCAUCUGAGUUCUAAGAAAUCUAAUAAGAGUUCAGCAGCAGGCAAAUUACCUUUGAAAGGUGGUAAGGCACCUGCCAAAGCAAACAAUGCAGAUAGUGGUCAUGACAAUCCUUCCAAACUUUCAGCAAUUCCAUCAUCAGUCCAUCGUAAUGUAUCUAAUGGAACAACAGUUCAAGGGUCUACUGUUUCCAAGUGUCUGUUUAAACAAUCAACUCAGUCCCCUCCAACUAAUUCGUCUGGUCCUAAGACGCCGCCACGUGCAUCCUCCUCUCAAUCUGGGAAGUCCAUUUCACCACAAGAGAUUACUUCCACGGCUACUUCUGGCAAUGAUUUUACUCCCCAGCAAGCGGUAUCACCCAACUGCAUGAUAAUCUCUUCAGAAACAAUACGAGUCAGCCCGUCUAAGCAACUAGGCUACUAUUCUAUUGAGAGAAACCGUUGCAUAUCUACUUUGUCUCCAGUUAAGGCAAACAUGAAUAGCACAAAGAGGGAUCAUGUAAAAGGAAGGUUAGAUUUUGAUGCCUCUGAUUUGCCAUCGAGUUCAACAAAGGUGCCGAGCCCUGGUGGGAAUUCUACUUCUGAAUCUGAUGGAGAGAUGUUUGACUUAGAUUUAGAUGCUCUUGGAAUGGAGUUUAACCUCUCUGAGCUGUUGGUCGACUUUGAACUCGAUGGACAAGGAAAUUUUUCUUCUCCCCAGCAAGACAAGAAUUCUUCUCCAGAACCCUUCUCUGACUCACCAAACAAGUCCGGAGAGGGUGAUAUGGGAGCCAACCAAAUUUCCUCUCAUAUUUCAUCAACGUUCACAGAAGUCCUUGCAAAAGAAACUGGUUUAUCAGAUCCAAAUACUUUCACAUCGAUGAAGUCUGUCACUAAACGCAUAGAGAUUUUAAGUCCUGGCUUAUGGCAGAUCAAUGGAUGAGAGGAAAUGUAAUUGAGGUUUCUACAGCCACAAAUGAGUCUUUUGGGAGCUUAAAGGAUCAAUUGAUGCUGUGGAAAGUUGACUCUGAUACUCAGGUCUAGAUAUGACUGGCAUGGAUUUCAUAUACCCUAUUAGUUCUAAGAUGCACAGAGUUGUAACAGAUUAGGUUCCUAGUUGAUGUCAAAUUCUGCUCUCAUCUACUUAACCAUUAAUUAAUAGCUUUGGAGCUUUUUUUGAAAGCCUUGCUCACAUCUUUACUGCAUAAAAGUUCAAAAAUUUG